AUGUGUAAUUUAUUGGAGAAAUAUAAUAUUAAAGAGUCAAAUGAAUUUAUAGUACCCAGAACACCUGAAGGAUAUAAUAGAUAUGGAUUUAGUACUCUUACCAAAGGAAUUGAUUAUACGUCUCAAUGUGAAAUGAUAACUUCUUCUCAAAAAUUAAAGGAAGAAACAAGAACUGUUAAAUGGAAAAAAAUGUUAGAACAAUGGAAAUGUGAUGGAAAAAUACCAAAAAAAUUAAAACGUAGAGUAUAUAAGGGGGUUCCUGUAGAAUGUAGAAAAGAAUAUUGGAAUCUUAUUAGCAAAUCUUUUCAAAGUAAACAACAAAGAAAUGAAUGUCUUAAUACUCUUUUUUUCUCAACCAAAGAAAUUCAUGAUGAUAAUCAAAUUGAUUUAGAUGUUAAAAGAACGCUUGGGUAUCAUUAUUUAUUUAAAGAUAAUUAUGUUAUGGGUAAAAGAGAAUUAUUUCUUAUCUUACGUGCAUUGUCACAAGAAAUUCCAGAAGUAGGUUAUACUCAAGGAAUGUCUGAUUUAGCAGGAAUAAUAUUUUCUAUUGUCCAACAACGAAAUGAUACAUUUGAUUUAAUGACUACAAUGAUUACAAAUGAGAGAUAUAAUUUACAGUCUUGUCUUAAAACAGGGUUUCCUGGAUUAAUUGAGUGUGAAAAAAUACAUAAUAUGUUACUUAGAAAUAUUCAUCACUCAAUAUAUAACCAUUUAAUCUUUUUAGGAUAUGAAGAAGUUCAAUGUCCAGGAUUUCUUUUUGAGUGGUAUAUGGUUUGGUUUUGUAGAAUUCUUCCUUGUGAUUUUUGUUAUGCAAUUAUUGACUUAUGUUUAUUAUAUGGACAACAAGCAAUUUAUACUAUUGCAAAUACAGUGUUACAUUAUUUAAAAAAAGAUUUAUUAAGUUGUGAAGACAUAAGUUCUGCUCUUCAAAUUUUAAAAAACCCCUCAAAAUCAUUAUUGAGUUAUACCAAAUGUUCUCAAUUUAUACAUCAAUGUUAUAAAUACAGAAUUAAGUCUCAAACGAUAAAUGAUUGGAUGAAUGCUUAA